AGAGCAAUAUAUUCAGCCCAUCUACAAUAACACUGCGACUGAAUUAUUUGAAAUAGAAGAACAACAAAGAAAUGAAAGUUCUCUAUUUGCAUCCAGCUCAGAAGGAUUGAAUAAGGAUAUUAAUGAAGAACAAUUCAAUCACGAAUUGACACCAUCAGCGUUAACGUGA